CAGAGAAAAAACGGAGAGAAACCAGCAAACCAAAAAAACAAGAAGAAGAAUAAGAAAUAAAAUCUUUGAUGCCUGACCCAUUUAAGAUUGUGGCAUUAUCUGGUGUUCGCCAUCUGGGUUUUCUUCCUUGUUACUAAAAAAAAGAGAGGAAAAAAAUGGGCAAUGUGACGGCGAGCGUGGCAGCGAAAUUCGCGUUCUUCCCGCCGGACCCACCGACGUACGACGUGUUCCGGGAAGAGGAUGGAAGGCUAUUGUUCUCCGGCUUGACGGCCGACAAGAACGUGGACGUCCAUUUGCUCGACACAAAGGGAGGGAACAAGAUUGUCGCCACGUUUUGGAAGCACCCUUUUGCCAGGUUCACUCUUCUCUACUCCCAUGGCAACGCCGCUGACUUGGGUCAGAUGCAUGACCUCUUCAUCGAGCUCAGGGCUCAUUUACGUCUCAAUAUCGUGAGCUAUGAUUAUUCAGGAUAUGGAGCAUCCACUGGCAAGCCAUCCGAAUUCAACACAUACUACGACAUCGAGGCUGUGUAUACUUGCUUGAAGAAUGAGUAUGGAAUUAGGCAAGAGGACUUGAUUCUGUAUGGUCAAUCUGUUGGAAGUGGACCAACUUUGCACUUGGCUUCUCGGUUACCGAAGUUGAGAGGAGUAGUUCUUCACAGUGCCAUCCUUUCGGGUAUUCGGGUCUUGUAUCCUGUCAAGAUGACAUUUUGGUUCGACAUUUUCAAAAAUAUAGACAAAAUACCAAAAGUCAACUGUCCAGUUUUAGUUAUACACGGAACGAAUGACGACAUUGUUGAUUGGUCCCAUGGAAAGCGUCUGUGGGAACUAGCCAAAGAAAAAUACGAUCCCUUGUGGGUCAAGGGUGGGGGUCACUGCAACCUCGAAACUUAUCCCGAGUACAUUAAGCACUUGCGGAAGUUCGUAAAUGCAAUGGAGAAACACUCACUCGCAAAACAGAUGAAGAAGCAGCUCACUACUAACACAAGUAUCACAGAAGUCAAACACAACAAGUGCUUGAGAUUUGGAAAGAGAUAGCCAGUUAGCUGAUUGUUUUUAUUUUUUCUUCUCAUCUUGUGAGAAUUUGAGAAUUCAAAACCGGAGUUUCCCUGCCAUAAUAUUACUUGCAUCAUGGACUUCAGUGUUUGGCAGCCACGCUAUAUUUUGCUUGGUAUAUUUCUCAAGACCACAAACUGAUAGGAACAAUAUGGAGCUUGUUUUAAUCCAGAUCACUUUCUGAGGGUAGGGAGUUUGUUACAGUUACCAGUGCAAUUCACAUGGCAAAGUGUUUGUAUCUUCAUGAUCUGGGUUUCGUGUAUAAUUAUGAAAAGCUUGAGCUUUAUGUAAGAAUAUCAGUUAAAAAAAAAAAAAAAAAAUUAAAUGGGCUGCUUUCAUUUGCUACUUAUUUUCUUCCCAUCUUAUCUUAUCCUUUGC